CACAAACACGCACCUUGUAGAUCCUCUGAAUUAUGCAAAGUUGACAAAAAUUGUGGGUUGGCUGUCUGUCUGUGCCUGUAGUCUCAGUUAAAAUGAUUGCUGCAGGUGAAGUUGUGACAUUUUAAGAGAUAGGAACAUUUCAGCAUGACGAAGAUCAACUUUUUCCUGUUUCUGCUUGCAUCGAUUCAUCAGCUUGUUGAGGUGACUGCUUCCAACAGACAUGUUGCUCGCAACCGAGAAAAGAGGGAUACUGUUCUUAUCCGUUCAAAGAGAAGAUGGGUUCUGUCUACCAUUGAUAUUGAAGAGAACAUGUCUGGACCUUUUCCUGCUAAAGUAACACAGCUGUUCAAUGACAAAGAGGAAGAUUUUACCAUCAAGUUUCGAAUCAAAGGACAAGGAGUGACAACAGCACCUUUGGGUUUGUUUAGUAUUGAUGAAAACACUGGAGAUGUAUUCGUACAUCGGCCCAUCGACAGAGAAGUGAACCCCAUGUUCCAUGUGGACUUUGACGUUCUGGACAGGAAGACUAAUGCAGAGGUAGACAAAACGCUGUCAUUUAAUGUGGAAAUAAAGGACAAGAAUGACAAUAGACCUGAGUUCAGUCCAGUAACUAUCCGUGCAUCCAUUCCCGAGAACACACCUCAAGGAACACUCCCGGCAACAUUACAGGCUCAUGACAACGAUCAGAAGGAUAAUCCUAACUCUCAGUUCACCAUGAGUGUGGUGUCACAAGAACCUGCCUUACCAAAAUUAUCCCUGAAGCUAAUGGCUGGGAACCAUAAAAUCCAACAGCUUAAUUUUACAGGAUGCUUCGAUUAUGACAAAGAAAAACGAUAUAAAGUACUAGUUGAAGCGAGGGAUCAAGGAACACCUGUAAUGUCUUCAACUGCAACUGUUUUUCUUGAUAUCACAGACUCCAACACCCAUGCGCCACAAUUCAAUGCUUCCAGGUACAGUGCUGAGGUGAUGGAAAUGGUAUUAAAGGAGAUCUUAAGGAUUGGCGUGAUAGACAAGGACACACCAAACACGCCUGCUUCAAAAGCAAAGUUCACAAUCGUGAAGGGCAAUGAAGAGGAGAAUUACAAGAUUGAGACAGACCCCAAAACCAAUGAGGGUGUGCUUUCUGUUAUCAAGGGGAAGAACUAUGUGAAGACUGAGAUCAUUAAACUGGAGAUAGCCGUUGAAAACGAGGAGAAAUUGUUUCAGUGUGUUGAUGGAAAACCAGUAACAGGCCCAAACCCAAAACCAAAUACUGUCAUAGUGGAUGUGAAAGUCCUUGAUUUGAAUGAUGCCCCUGUAUUUAAGAAGAGUAUUGAAAUAGUUUACCGAAAUGAAAACACGGAUGCAGGAGAUGUGCUGUUCAUACCUGAGGUCAAAGAUGAGGACUCAGAUGUAAACAAAAUCAGGUAUGAGUUAGUAAAAGACCCAGGCAAAUGGGUCACCAUUGACCCACACACAGGAAAGAUCACCACAGUUGUGAAAAUGGAUCGGGAGUCUCCAUAUCUCAUAAAUGGCUCCUACCAUCUUGAGAUCCAUGCAAUAGAUGAUGGACACCCCCCAGCUACAGGGACAUGCACCGUAGUGAUAUAUCUGGGUGAUGCAAAUGAUAAUGCUCCCUCUCUCAUCUCCAAUCAAACGGUCAUGUGUGGGAACAAGGUGGACCGUGUCAAUGUAAUGGCAUCAGACCGUGAUGCGCCUCCAUUUGGGAGUCCGUUCUCCUUCUAUCUGGGAGAGGAGGAGGAUCUGAAGAACAUCUGGAAACUGGAACCCACCACAGGAGACAACACCUCUCUGAUAAGUUUGAAGAGUCUGCCAUAUGGAAACUACUCAGUUCCCUUGAAGAUACAGGAUCAACAGGGGUUGGGUGCAGAAACAGUUCUUCAGGUGGUUGUAUGCGACUGUGCAGGAGGAAAUGUGUGUCGUGGACGCCUCCCUUACUUCUCCAGACUGGGUCCUGCAGGCAUCGGUCUCCUGUUAGCUGGACUUCUGCUGCUGGCCCUUCUACUCCUCUUUUGUUUCCUGUGUGAAUGCGGAGGCGAGACCUUACACAUCCCAUUAGACUUGCAGGACAAGGGUAACCAAACCCUCAUCAUAUACAAUGAAGAGGGAGGAGGCUCAAUCUAUAAGCCUGAAUACUUCUUUACCAAUGGAUACAGGAAGGGUGAAAACGGUACUCUGAGAGGCCCUGAAGGGUACGGCACUCAGUACUCAUCGGGGAUGUUCCAGGAAAUGUCUAACGGUGGAGGUGUGAUGAGCAUGCCAUUUCAGAGUUGGUCAAUGGCCCGAACCAACACAGUCAGGAGUGGAGUGGGUCAUAUGUCCCGCACAUACAGCAUGGCUCGAUCAGAUAGGAACCUGGCUGAGCACAUUGACAGGAAAAUCUAUGGGCUUCCAGAAGAACAAAAAGACUAUCCAGAAUAUUCGCAACGUCAAUAUUAUUAUGAAGGAAGAGGCAGUGAUUGCGAGUCAUUGGAUAAGCUGUCCACCAGCAACCUUGGAGAUAACCUGGACUUCCUGCAGAACCUUGGGCCAAAGUUCAACGCUCUGGGGGGAAUUUGUCAACAGGCAAUAGAGCGCAGAAACGUGCAGCUGUGAAGAUGGAUACUCUUUUAAGACUUGUGGAAUUCUGCUUUAAAUUACUCUAUUUUUUUAUGACUUCUAUUACAAGCUUUUCCUCUUGCAAAUUACUUUUUCACUUAUGUCUUUAUGGACAAUCCUGUCAAGAACUUAGUUGUUCAUUUUCAUCUCAAUAUGCAUGAAAAAACAAAAAAACAGCAUAGGUGAUAAAUAAAAAAAGAGAAGCUAUUUCAGGGAGAAAUGACAGGUCAAAUUGUUGGGUAAAAGAUCAGUUGGGUCAUUCUGUACCUGUUAUGCAGUACCACUGCAUGGGAACACUUAACUUUUAAAAUAUUGAAUAUGCUAUGAUUAUUUCUAUAAAAGGGUACACCAGACUUUCUGAGAACAAUGUUUUGCUCAAGUUCAAGCACUUAAACUUUAAUAUUUAUAAAGUGUUUAUUUACACAAUGACAAGAAAAUUAACAAGAUGCCUAAAAACUAAAGCCAUUGCUCAGGGAGGGACUUAAAUAAGGGUGUACACAUAAUUUUUAUAUUUGUAUAAUUUAUGUAAAUAAAUUAUCUUUUGAAUGUUUGGUUCUUUUACUGUAUACAGAUUGGUUAUUAUAACAGGUUGGGAUGAAACAAAUAAAAUAAUAUAUACAACAUCAAAGCAUUCAUAAAAUAAGAUAUUAUAAUAUUAAAAGGUAUUGAAGACAAAGGAAAAAUGGAAUAAAAUGAUUACUAAUUUAAGGCCAAGACAUUUGAAACAUAUUUAUAUAUAUAUAUAUAUAUAUAUAUUUCAAAUUAUUAUUAUUAUUUAAUAAAUCGGCAGUUUUGGAAGUUGAUAUGGAAGUAGAAGACAUGGAAUUUAGAAGAUAUUUAAAAGAAGUCAUGGGAAAAAUGGCAGCCUCCAUUAAAAAAGAAAAAAAAGCAGUGAAAUUAUUUAAAAUUCAACUCAUGUUCUUUUAAAUGUGACAUCACAAUAAAAGACAACGAUAAGGAUCUUUGUGACAUUAUAGGAUUUUAUGAGUUUGAAAUUAUUUCCAGUUUAUUCAGACACAUACAACAGGCACAUGAAAAUGGACUGCAUAACAGGAAUGACCCAGUUCAUCACUUCGUAUGAUAACAAAAAAAAAAAAAACAUUACACAUGAACAAAAUCAGACAGUCUAACAGUUGGCAGUAAUGCACCGUCAAUACAUUUUGUUCCAAUUGUUGUGUACACCUUUUUUUCCAUAUUGCUCAUCUUUUUGUAAAGAUAUUUUUUUUUUUUUUUGCCACUUCAAGGGAUAGUAUAGUUCACCCAUAAAUUUUAAUUCUGUCCUCAUUUACUCACCUCAUGUUGUUCCAUAGCUGUAUGACUUUCUUUCUUUUAUGGAACAAAAAAAGAUCUAAGACACAAUGUUCAGUCUCAGUCAUUUCAUUGUAUGGAAAAAGAUGCAAUGAACAUGAAUGGUGACUAAUACAUUAUUACUAAUAUUCUGCCUAACAUCUCCUUUUGUGUUCCAUGGAAGAAAGAAAGUUAUAGAGGUUUGGAACAACAAAAGGAUGAGAAAAAGUGAUGACAGAAUUUUAUUUUUGGGUCAACUAUGCCUUAAAGAUUGUGUUUAAUCCAAAAUUGGAUUCAUCCAAGGAUUGGUGAGUUAUUGUAUAAUAAAUUGUCUUGAUGGU